GCGAGCAUUCACUCUCUCUUUCCCCCCUUUACUGUACUUUUCUCCCUAUUCUUUUUCCCUUUUUUUUUUUAGGCAGCCAGAAUCUCUUUUCCCUCUCGUCUGCUUCAUCUCUGAGCAUCACCAAACCGCAGCCACAAUGACAGAGACGGAGGCGUUGGUGAAGAAGCAGCACAAGUCGAGCAAUGGAAAUGUUCCAGAAGCCUCCAGAGAAGACGUGUUUGAUCACACAUACAAAGAAAAAGAGGGCCCCAAACCUCCCAACAUCAUCGUUUGGAGAAAUGUGGUUUUGAUGACUCUGUUGCAUAUAGGAGCCUUCUACGGACUGUCCCUCGUCCCUUCAGCAUCUCCUUUGACCUUGCUUUGGUCCUUACUUUGUUUUUUGAUAAGUGCUUUAGGAGUAACUGCAGGAGCUCAUCGCCUGUGGAGUCACAGAUCCUACAAGGCCACAUUACCUCUAAAGAUCUUUCUUGGUAUGGCCAACUCCAUGUCAUUUCAGAAUGAUAUCUAUGAGUGGGCUCGAGACCACAGGGUUCACCACAAGUAUUCUGAGACAGAUGCUGACCCACACAACGCCGUCCGGGGCUUCUUCUUCUCUCACAUUGGCUGGCUGUUGGUGCGCAAACACCCUGACGUCAUAGAGAAAGGAAAAAAGCUGGAACUCACUGACCUGCUGUCUGACAAAGUUGUAAUGUUCCAAAGGAAGUACUACAAGCCGUCUGUGCUGGUCAUGUGCUUCUUCGUCCCCAUGGUCGUGCCUUGGUACAUGUGGGGGGAGUCUCUGUGGAUAGCGUACUUCGUCCCGGCUCUGCUGAGGUACACCUUGGUGCUGAACGCCACCUGGCUGGUCAACAGCGCGGCUCACAUGUGGGGAAACAGGCCCUAUGACAAGAACAUCAACCCCCGGGAGAACAAGUUUGUCGCAUUCAGCGCUAUAGGUGAGGGAUUUCACAACUAUCACCACACGUUCCCCUUUGACUAUGCAACCAGCGAGUUUGGCUGCAAGUGGAACAUUACCACGUGUUUCAUCGACACCAUGUGCUUCUUGGGCCUGGCCACGGAUCCCAAGAGAGUGACCCACGAGCUGGUCACGGCUCGAUUACAGCGCACCGGAGACGGAAGUCACCGGAGUGGCUAAGAUCGAUGAUUUGCGGUCAGCUUCGAAGGGAAAACAAUCAAAAAGAAGAAGCUUCACAGUCCUUUGACAGCUAUACAUUUCUCAUCCACUGAGGAUAAAAGUCAUCUUCAUGAGGGCCUUGACCACAUUCUGUAGCUGUAACUUAAAUCAUUUGUUCAGGAUGGAUAAAAAAAACAAAACACAUUUUGCAAAGCUCUUUGCCUUGGUUCCUGUUGUUCAGUCAUCUUGCAAAGAUGCUCUAGAUCUGAAGUAGAUACAUUUUUAGUCAUGUAUCUUCAUUCUCUGCUGUUUUUGCAUCCUUCAUGCAAGGUCAGUCACGUGUAGCCGAUCAUUUUAUGUAAGUAUUACUCAAUUAUUAAUCAAAAUAGAUAAGAAGUGGAGCUCUGAGAAUUUCGAGUAACAAUGUUCUGACUGAUAAGAUAUGAUACUUAUAGGCGACUGUUGUCUUUGCUUGUUUACAGCCAGUUUUUACCGUUCUGAUAUAAAGACAAUUAACUUUUUGAGCGCUUUAAGAUCUAGAGAAAAAAAGAGAUGAGAGUUUGAAUGAUUUUGUUAAAAAAAAGUUGUUUGGCUUUAAUGAAAUAUGAUGGAAGAGUGAUGGAAUCCAGACCAUCUUCUUAUAACCUGGCUUUACUGACAAUAGAUUCAUGCAGUGUGUUGCAGUUUGUACCAAAAUAUAUAGAAAAAACUAAGACUAACACAUACUGCAUUUAGUCUGCGUAGUAAAUGGAUUGGGUUUUCCCCAGAAAAUAUAGUUGAGGCAUUUAUCAUAAAAAAAUAAUAAAAAAAAUCCCUUUCAAUUUCAACAGCAAGAUAAAUGUAAUUUGAAUUUAGAAACACGCCUUUUUCAAUCACCUUUUUUGUGUUUUUAAUGAAUAUAUCAUAGUGCCAAGAGCGUGCCAACUGUCAACAUAUUUAUAAGCAUCUCGAUGGUCCACCAGAGCACACCUAAGUCGAUAUUGCUUCUUGACCCAACAUCAUUGUGGGAGUUUUUUAACAUUGUGUCAUCAGUGGCUUAGCUUCCUCUUUUUAUCCAACAUGUCCCCCUUUUGUCCAGAAACAUCUGCAGCAGAGAUCUCAUUGGUCGAUGUUGCAGCCAGUCAUGUGACAGUUCUGGUGUUACAAAACAACAUGCCACCCAUGCAUGAUGAUUUACUGUAGUAGGUGUUGUGGUGAGGUGCUUUAUCGGUGACUCUAAUGGCAGAGCUGUGUCUAUUUUUGUAACGUACUGUGGAGCCGCAUCGCUUUUGGAUCAUCAGAACUGUUGCCGUGGUGAUUUCUGAGACGGGGUUAGGUUUCCCUUUGAUGUCCUACAAAGCUGAUUGUCAUUGCUAAAAUUCAGGUGCAUCAAUGUUAAUGCUAAUUUUUAAUUCUGGUUUGCGGAAUGAUUAUAUUAUCGUAUUUAUUUAGUUGUUUUUUUUUACCCCUUAUUGACUAAAAAGAAGGAUUGCUCUAACCUGAACCAAUUUCCUACACUCCAACAUUUGGCAGUAACAUUUAUCAAAUUGGAGCUCCUGUUUAUUUGUUAAGAGUCAGAAUAGAACCUAAUGCCUUAUGACUUGCAUCCAUUCCUGAUCUUCUUCGCGUCAAAUCUGACCAAGGUCCAUGUUUACAGGCUGAAGCACUGGAUGGAACAUUGUUUUUUAUUCUGAAAAACACAUUUAUUUAUAAAAAAUUAUAAAAGGCAAAUUGACAACAGCAAUUGACAAAAACAAAGUGCUUUAAAUAGAGAAUAGAAUUUCAUAUUCCAAGAAUACAAAUUAAAACGCCUGGUGUAAAUGUUCAAUCAACAGAUUUAACCUGCAAAAUAUGGGACCUUAUGUGCCAACUAGUUCCAACCCAUCAGGGGCUGUCAUGAGGGAUGUAAGAGCACCAACAGAACACUUAACAGAAACCCGACGAUAUCACAAGCCAUUCAAACAACUCCUGCUGCCCAGACUGACCAGAAUCAACAUUUUCCUAAUUACAGGAUCAAUUGGUUGUCGGUCUGAAUGAUAAUGUCAAAUCUCAACUGUAUUCUAUUCUGAAAUAAAAAUUCACAAUAUUUUCAAUACACACAAUUAACAGUUUCUGCUCUUCAUUUUUCGAUUUGUAUUCAUUGUGUCUCUCUGAAAUAAAUCUUCAAUGCAAA